AUGCAAACUAUUAAAAAGAAUUUACCUUCUUCAGGUAUCAAAUUAAAAAUGGAAGGCUCUUUCAUAUUUAUGCUUUCAUUUAACUCUGUAAGUAUAUAUUUAAGAGAAGACCUCAAAUUAUUCUAAAUAAUUAGACAAUUUAACAGCACUCAAUCACUAAUAGAUAUUGAAUACACUGGAUUUAAUAAUACUUUUGUUUUAUAUUUCGACAAUUCAAUUAGUUUCUAUAAUGCUAACCCUUUUUCUUAACCUAAAUUAAUUGAUUAAUUACAAAUAUAAAAUUAUAAGGUUUUAUCAUCAUAAUUAAAAUUUCAGAAUUCUUCAUAUUUAAUUGUUGAUAUGAUGAUUAUAACUAUAGAAAAUACUUUAUAAUACACCGCUGUGUUAAAUAUUGGCUCUUUUUCAAAUAAUAUUUGCUCUGCAUACUUGUACAUAAAUAAUGGCGAAUAAACUGAUUUAAAGUAUCCUUUUGUUAGCUCUAGCUCUGUGACAAACUAGUACUCUCUAAAAAUUUAAGCUAUAAAUAAUAAUAGUAUUUAUCUAAAUACUCAAAAUAGUACAGAUUAAAAUAUUGUAGAGCUGAAACUAUAAAACCUAAAAAUUUCCUUUAAAAAUUUAAAUAAUAAUCAGUUCUUGUUUGGAAAUCAAACAUUUAAAAAAUUAGUAAGACUAUUUUUAGAUGACAUUGAAUUAUCAGAUUUUGGUAAUAAUCAGCUAUAAUUUGAAGAUUAUACUCUUCUAAUAUAUUGA